CACAACUGAGGGAUCAGUGAAGAAACAUGGUCAAGUUCUGUCUUUGGGUUUGCCUUAAUUUCAUUGUUGUCGAAAUCGUCAAUUCUGCUGUAGAUCAGAAUACUGAUGGUUGUGCCGGAGUUCCUGGUAUUCCUGGUUUGCACGGCUCUCCUGGACGAGACGGUAGAGAUGGAGCUAAAGGAGAUAGAGGAGAAACGGGGAGAGGAGCGAAAGGGGAGAAGGGAGACGUUGGAAGAGUCGGUGCGAAGGGCGAAGCGGGCGCGCAGGGUUUGGUCGGUUCCAAAGGAAACAGUGGGAAAGUGGGGGCACGAGGGAUAGUGGGACCAAAGGGGAUAAAAGGAGACAAUGGAUCAAAAGGAUCCAAAGGAGAACAAGGAGCUGCAGUUCAAGUCAACUGGAAACAGUGCGUCUGGGACAGUGGAGACGGUAAAGACACUGGAGUUAUUAAGGAAUGCAGAUUUGCAAAAAGAUCAGGACAUUCUGCGUUACGUGUAGCAUACGCUGGGACCUUAGCAGUAAACUGCAACACUCACCAAUCAUGUUGUUCUCGCUGGUAUUUUACAUUUAAUGGAGGUGAAUGUUCUGGUCCCAUGACCAUCGAGGGUCUCGUGUAUUCUAACAGAAAGGGAGACAGUGUUCAUCGUCACAGACAGAUUGAGGGUUAUUGUGAAAACAUACCAGCAGGGCAAAUCAAAGUUGCUUUUCAUGUUGGAAAGUGCGCCAGACGGGACAGUUCAACAUACGACGCUUACACAGGAUGGGCUUCGACAUCUCGCAUAAUGAUCGAAGAGGUUCCACCUGCACAGCAAUGAGCAAUUAUAAGAAUGAAAUCAAUUAAAUCGUUCAUAUUACAACAUAGUUAUGCGUUUAGUCUAGUAGACAUUGGUAAGACGUAGCUGUAGUGACACUCGAGGUAAAAUACUUGUGCAGUACCACGUGUUAACGUUAAUGGUGAGAAACAGAAACUCUAGUUAACAGUUCGUUGCUAUAACUUCAUGUUUGUUUGACAAAGUAGAGUAUUUCCAUUUUGGUAGUGUGUUUGAAUCGCAAAAUAGAUUGCAGCUUCAUUAA